GAAACAUUUUCUCAAUUUCAAAAUCCUUUUAAAUGUUUUAAGUGGUAGUACCGAUCUCCUAAAAACAAAGACUCAAAUUUAAAAGGAAAAUAGUCACGUGAUUGAAUGAACUUGCUACAGACAUGGCUGCCUCCAGUGUGUUCAAGUUCGGACUCUUCAAUCAUAAAGUGGCUAUUGUAACUGGCGGCGGGACGGGCAUUGGAAAGGCGAUCACUUCGGAGCUAGUCCAUUUGGGAUGCAGUGUGGUCAUUUCAUCCAGGAAAUUAGAGCACUUAGAAGCCGCAGCGAAAGAACUAACAGAGAGAAUUCCUGUCUCCAGUCCUGCUAGUGUGACGCCCAUUCAGUGCAACAUCCGCAGUGAGGCAGAGGUAAAGAAUUUAGUGGCCUCGACACUGAGUCUGCAUGGCCGGAUAGACUUCCUGGUCAACAAUGGGGGAGGGCAGUUCUCAAGUCCAGUGGAACUCAUUAACGCCAAAGGCUGGAAUGCAGUCAUUGACACUAACCUCACUGGGACAUUCUACUGCUGUCGGGAAGUGUACAAUGCCUGGAUGAAGGAGCAUGGAGGCGCCAUUGUUAACAUCAUCGCUGACAUGUGGAAGGGCUUUCCUGGAAUGGCUCAUACUGGAGCAGCCAGGGCUGCAGUAGACAACCUAACCAAGAGCUUGGCUAUUGAAUGGGCAUCCUCUGGAGUGCGAAUCAAUUCUGUGGCACCGGGGACCAUCAUUUCUAAAACAGCCAUGGCGAACUACAAAGAGAUAGGGCCACAGCUUUUUAAGAUGUCUGUUGACUUCUGUCCUGCGAAAAGGUUGGGAGUCCCAGAAGAGAUCUCCCCUGCAGUCUGCUUCCUGCUGUCCCCAGCAGCCUCUUUCAUUUCCGGAGAGACCAUCAAAGUAGAUGCUGGUCAGAGUUUGUACAGCUCAAUGUGGAAAGUCCCAGAUCACAGCGCCUGGCCCCCAGCUCCAGAGGGAGAGAACACGGACACACUGAGAGAGAUUAUGAAAAGCAAGUCCAAGUUAUAACAGUCUACUCAAAACAUCUCUGCCUAGUGUUUCCUCCUGAAAGCGAAUUCAAGAAGAUUAUAAUGAAAGUUCAGGAGGGAUGACAACAGCCAAGUUCAAUCAGCCUCAGCUGUCCGUAAUUUGUAAUAAUUUCUGACAU